CACAGUGGAAAAGAAGAUAAUACACUGUUUCAACCACACCAUAACACUACACCUCAAAAUAGCAACACAACAUCCUUCACUUCACUUUUCUUUCUUUCUUUCUUUCUUUCUCUACACAUUCUCUCUCAUUCUUCUUUUCUCACCAAAUAACAACCUCAUUCCUCGGAUCCUCGGAACAUCAGAAUGAGAACCACAGUAGUGUUCUGUUUUUUCAUCACCUUUCUUUCUCUCGCUUCUCUUUCAAUAAUGGCAGCAGAUCACAAACUUCAAACUUCCUCCAAGGAUGACAUCAAAUGCACCCCCUGCGGCCAGGCUGUUCCCUCUCCUCCGCCACCCUCUCCGCCGCCGCCAUCUCCCACCACAACCUACUGCCCUCCCCCGCCAUCCCCUCCUUCCGGCGGCGGCGGCGGCGGCUCUUACUAUUACUCCCCUCCACCGCCACCCUCUCAGUACAUCUACUCCUCUCCUCCACCGCCGGCAUCAUCCGGUGGCGGCGCGUAUUACCCGCCGCCGAAUAAGUACUACCCAACGCCGCCACCGCCGAACCCAAUUGUCCCUUAUUUCCCGUUCUACUACCACAUCCCUCCUCCUCCGUCCACCGCGGCUCCUCCGCCGGCGAAAAGCUGGUUAGUCUGUGCAACCUCGUUGUUACCUUUUCUUGUUGGGUUGCUUUGGUAGAGAGAAAAAAAAAAGGAAAAAAAGGGGAAAUUGUGGGAAUAAGUGCAGAAAUUAGCAGAUCUUGGGAAAGUGGAAGUGAAGUCACUGCAAAGACAGUGUACCUAUUUCCCAUUUUGCCCCUGGAAUAGCAUGAACUUGUUUCAAUUUCUAUGAUAUCACUUUUUUUUUAUAAUAUAAUGUAGGUUGAUCUGCAAUUUAAUUUGUAACUGUAUUUAGCCUUUUAAUUUUGGUUACUAUGAGAAAAUUAUAAAUUCGAGAAGCUUCUUUUA